AUGAGCAUUAAGCAGCGAGAAGACGAGACGUUGCGGGCCUACAUAACUCGUUUCAACAAAGAAGCCCUUUCGAUUGACGAAACUGACGAUAAGAUACUCGUAGCCGCAUUUACUAAUAGGCUACGAAAGGGUAAGUUCUUGUUUUCUUUGUACAAGAAUGACCCAAAGAUCAUGACGGACGUCCUCUACAGGGCUACCAAGUACAUGAAUGUAGAAGAUGCGUUGCUGGCCCGCGAGGAAAAGCCUAAGAAGAGGGAGAGGCAGGAGGACACGCGACAAGAUAGGGGGCGAAAGGUCGCUAGAACUGAGGAUCAACGUGAUGAAAAGUGCUCCAGACCCCCCACUGGAAGAUUCACCAAUUUCACCCUGUUAACCGCCCCGAUCGACCAAGUAUUGAUGCAAAUCAAAGAUGAAGGAGCAUUGAAUUUCCCUGGAAAGUUGAAGGGAGACCCUAACAAAAGACCGAGAGACAAGUAUUGUCGCUUUCACCGGGACCACGGGCACGACACAGCCAGCUGCUAUGACCUGAAGCAGCAGAUUGAGGCCCUAAUCAGGCAGGGGAAGCUACAGAGGUUCGUUAGCAGGGAAAGAACUGAUACACCGGAGGAACAGGCUCUACGACGGGAGAACGGGCACCCUAGACCACCCAUAGGGGACAUACGAAUGAUCAUAGGGGGCACAGCUACAGCCGAAUCUUCCAAGAAAGCCCGCAAAACCUACCUUAGGAUGAUCCAUAGCGUCCAACUCACAGGAUCCGUACCAAAGAUGCUGCGAAUAGAUAACCCCGUCAUAAACUUUUCAGAGGAUGACGCUCAGAGACUUCACCAUCCUCAUGACGACGCACUAGUGGUUAGCCUGCAGAUAGGGGAUUACAAUAUGCACCGGGUCCUCGUCGACAACGGCAGCUCAGUAGACAUCCUGUACUAUUUAGCAUUCCAGCAAAUGAGAAUUGACAGGGAACGAUUGUCCCCAACGAACGCCCCACUCGUGGGAUUUGGGGGUACAAAGGUGUUUCCUUUGGGCGCAAUAACACUAGCUGUGACCGUGGGUGACUAUCCUCAGCAGAUCACUAAGGAGAUAACAUUUCUCGUAGUCGACUGCUUGUCCGCCUACAACGCCAUCCUUGGACGACCCACUCUCAAUUCCUGGAAGGCGGUGACUUCAACAUACCACCUGAUGAUCAAAUUCUCGACGGAAUAUGGGGCAAGAGGACUGCGGGGAAAUCAAGUAGCAGCACGAGAAUGCUAUAUUGCCAUGAUAGAGAUGGAGGAUCAGCAGCAGACGAUGUGUAUCGAGAAGCAGCGAGCAUUAGCAGAGCCAGUUGAAGAGUUAGAAAAAGUAAGACUUGACGACACAUGGCCUGAACGAACGAUUAAAAUUGGCAUACUAGCCAGUUGGCCAAUACGCCAGACGAUCACGACUUUCCUAAGAAAUAACCAAGACGUCUUCGCUUGGAGUCAUGAAGACAUGCCAGGAAUCGACCCCUCGGUCAUGGUCCACAGGCUGAAUGUGUCGCCCUCCUUCCCUCCAAUCCGGUAA